CGAGCCGAGGGCCACCCCACAAGCCCAAGCCGGCCAGGCCCAGGCAGUUUCUUCUUCCUUCCUCUCUCUCUCUUCCGGCGCUGGUGCUCUCUCCUCCUCCUCCUCCUCCUCCCUCCCUCACGCGGCGGAAGCCCAAGCCGCCGCAGCCACAUGGUGGUGCUUUUAGAUUACCUAUGCUAGUUUGCCUCUUGCUAUAUUUCCAAAAUGGUGAAGCUGACGAUGAUAGCACGUGUCACUGACGGCCUUCCACUGUCGGAGGGACUAGAUGAUGGUCGGGAUCUGAAGGAUGCUGAUUUCUACAAGCAGCAAGCGAAACAAUUGUUCAAGAACUUGUCAAAAGGGCAGCACGAAGCAUCGAGGAUGUCAAUCGAGACUGGACCAUACCUUUUCCACUACAUCAUUGAAGGCCGUGUGUGCUAUUUGACUCUGUGUGACCGUUCUUAUCCCAAGAAACUUGCAUUCCAGUAUCUCGAAGAUCUCAAAAAUGAAUUUGAGAAGGUUAAUGGCAGCCAAAUUGAAACUGCUGCAAGGCCAUAUGCAUUUAUUAAAUUUGAUGCAUUCAUACAGAAGACCAAGAAACUGUACUUGGAUACAAGAACACAAAGGAACCUUGCCAAGCUGAAUGAUGAGCUCUACGAGGUGCACCAGAUUAUGACUCGCAAUGUUCAAGAAGUUCUUGGUGUCGGUGAAAAACUAGACCAGGUGAGUGAAAUGUCCAGUAGGUUGACCUCUGAUACUAGAAUCUAUGCAGAGAAGGCGAAAGAUCUCAAUCGCCAGGCCUUAAUUCGGAAGUAUGCCCCUGUUGCCAUUGUGAUUGGGAUAGUACUGAUGCUCUUUUGGGUUAAGAACGAGAUAUGGUGACUUGGUGUAUCUCGGACCUCCUGAGUUACACAACGCUGGAACCUGGUGCCGAGUGUCAGAUGCUUCGAUGGCUUAUCCCGCAUCUGCCGAUUCAAGCGAGUACUUUAGCUGCCAAAAGCAAACCCGUUGUAGUAUACACCCUAGAUAUGGACCUGGUGUUAAUGAUUCUCGGAAUUAUUAACUGGAUCUGCGUAGUAGUAUAUGUUUUUUGCGAGCGCACCAUGUAAGAGUCAAAGGUUUUCGGCUGCUGAUAGACAAGUAUUUCACUACUUACCAUACUGUAUGGGAAACUGAACAUGUUCAACAUGCUGCUGGAGCCUGGAGGCAGGUCGUUUCCAUUGAUUACAGAUUUCCCAGUUUAUUUAUUUAA